AUGACACUCAGAUAUCUAAUCACAGGCGCAACCGGAGGCCUUGGAAAGCAAGUGCUGAACUAUUUCACCGCAAACAUUCCCCUUUCUGAAUUUGCUGCGGCAUCAUCCAACGCCGCUAACAAAUCAAUUUUUGAGAAUCGCGGGAUCGCUUUCCGCCAUGUUAACUACGAUGAUCCUCAAUCUCUGGAAACGGGCCUGCGCGAUGUCGAGAACCUCCUUCUUGUUAGUACAGGUGACCGACACCGCGGCCAGCAGCAUGCCAGCGUCAUAGAGGCCGCUAAGAAAGCUGGAGUGAAGCAUAUAUGGUAUACGUCUUUGGCCUUCGGGGGCUUCCAAGAUACCUCCAAGGCUCCAGUGAUGCAGGAUCAUCUUUUGACUGAAAGGCUGCUCAAAGAAUCCGGCCUUACAUAUACUUCCAUCCGGGAAGGUGCCUACGCCGAAUGCUUCACCGUAUUUCUCGACUGGGAUCCUGAACGGAGUGGAACCAUCACCCUCCCCGCCGACGGAGAGGUGGCUUUUACUUCACGAGCAGAACUUGGCGAGGCAACCGCGCGCAUCAUGAUUCGUGGCGGUUAUGUGAACCAAAUUGUACUGUUUACUGCGGGUGAGACGAUCACUGCUCGGGAGAUAGUAGAUAUCCUCAAUGAGACCACUGGUCGACAGAUCAAGCUUGAUUUGGUCCCACGGGAGGAGUAUCUUCGCACAUGGAUGGUUGACCCGCGUGGCAAGCCAAGGGAGCACUUUGAGAUGAUUGUGUUAUUUUGGGAUGAGAUUGUCAAGGGGAGCCUGCGCACAACGCAUCCGCUUUUACGUGAGAUUUUGGGGAGAGAGCCUACUAAGCCGAGGGAUUUUGUGAGGAAGUUGUUGUUGGAGGAUAGGAACUACGUUUUUCAAUACUAG